UAUGAUAUAAUUUAUUUAAAAAAAUCAAAAUAAUGUAGAGUGUAAAAGAAGCAAUGAUUUGAAUUAUUAUUUAUAAUUUAUACGUAGUUUCUGUUUACAUACAUACACACUCAUGACAGUGAUGACACACCCGAGACCAAAUAAAUAUUUUGUUUACGACAGCAAAUAUGAAAUCCUCGGGUCUCUCUGUUUGUUUGUCGUCCCCAUAAAUGGUAAUAAAUCAGAUACGGACGGUAACAAAAGAACACUCCAAAACCAGUAAUGUGACAGAUAGUUUCUCUUAUCGAUCUUCUGAAAAAAAAAAAUCCUUACAGGAUAUAGCCAAAAGAUUUCUUAAGACUUUUUUUCUAAAUAAAAAAAUUGGUCACACAACAUAUCAUUUCUCGAUCAAAACAGAAUCCGACGACUUUUUAUCUUUUGGCCAAACUAUACUUUCUUGUAUCCAUUUGUUUGACUUUAUACAUAAAGACAAAGCAACCAUUCUUCUUCUCUUUCUGUCAUGCCUCAUGCCUCUCAUUAACACCAACCCUUACUCUCAAUUCUUCUCCUUCUUCUCUCUGUGUUCUCAUCUCUUUCUCUUUAAUCCGGUUCAAGCAGCUGAAGAAGAACGAGCAAGAAUCAAGACUCUGUUCUGUUCUGGACUCUGAUGGGUUCUUGCUUCAGUUCUCCAGUCAAGGCCGAUAACUUUUCCUACAAUGAUAAGAGUAGCUAUCUAUCCGGUCUAAGCAUGUGGAGCCGGACAUCGUCAUCCGUGAGGGCUGCGGCCCGGAAGACAGAAGAGGAGAUACUCGAGUUGACGUCCGUCAAGAGCUUCACCUUCAACGAGCUCAAACUCGCAACCAGAAAUUUCAGACCGGACAGUGUGGUCGGAGAAGGUGGGUUCGGUUCUGUCUUUAAAGGCUGGUUGGAUGAAACCAGUCUCACUCCUACUAAACCAGGAACCGGUUUAGUCAUCGCCGUUAAAAAGCUUAACCAAGAAGGUCUUCAAGGCCACCACGAAUGGCUGACAGAGAUCAAUUACUUGGGAGAAUUGAGUCACCCAAAUCUAGUGAAACUGGUUGGUUAUUGCUUGGAGGAUGACCACCAUCUUCUUGUAUAUGAGUUUAUGCAAAAUGGAAGUCUUGAGAAUCAUCUAUUCAGAAGAGGUUCACAUUUUAAACCACUAACAUGGUCUCUACGGGUCAAGGUUGCACUUGAUGCAGCAAAGGGGCUUGCAUUCCUCCACAGCGACCCUGUCAAAGUGAUAUACCGAGACUUUAAAGCCUCCAACAUUUUGCUUGACGCGGACUACAAUGGGAAACUUUCUGACUUUGGGCUAGCUAGAGAUGGUCCAAUGGGUGAUCUAAGCUAUGUUAGUACAAGGGUCAUGGGUACAUAUGGUUACGCUGCUCCGGAAUAUAUGUCAUCAGGUCACUUAAACUCACGAAGCGAUGUGUACAGUUUCGGAGUUGUGCUUCUAGAGAUUUUGACGGGUAAAGAAGCUUUGGACUACAACAGGCCGGCUGAAGAAGAAGACCUUGUGGAAUGGGCUCGACCUUACCUCACAAGCAAACGCAAGGUUCUCCGAAUCGUGGACCCUCGGUUAGACUCACAGUACUUACCCGAAGAGGCAGUGAGGAUGGCCAGCAUUGCGGUGCUGUGUAUCUCAUUCGAACCAAAGUCGCGUCCGACCAUGGACCAAGUGGUCCGUGCCUUGCAACAACUUCAAGACAACUUGGGGAAACCGACUCAGACCGAUCCGGUUAAGGAUGGCAAGAAACAUGGUUCUAAAACCAGAGCUAAGUUACCAGAAGUAUAGGUUAUUUUUUCUUUCUAUUGUGUUUGUAACCAUUGUUGAUUUUUUUUUUUUGUUAAUACAUUUGAAUUUGAUGUAGAGAUGUUCCUCAAUACAAUUUUUAAAAAGUCGUAGGAUGUUGUGUAAAUAUUCCCGGUUUAAUUGAAUAUUGAGUUUCAAUCAAUUUUAAUUUAUUCGGGUUGGAUUGGUUAGUUACACUGUUUGGUUAAGAGCUGAAAAGUCAACAUUUAAACUGAAGAACGCGUGUCGUUUCUCACUUCUGCAUUCGAACUGCGUGCCGCCUUUAUCUCUUAUCCGCUUAUUGACCAACACAACUCAAGACGUCCUUCACUGUGUGUGUGGUGUCUGAGUGAUUGUCGAGCUAUGAUGACGACAACAACAACCAACACGAUUGCUAUGCUUCAAAACUAGAUCAUCAAUCUUAUCAACAAGACGAAGGCUAAACAAAGUUGAAGACUUUAGCAAUUGUGUUGGCUAUAGAGGAUGUGUUCAGUGCUCAUCGUUGUUUGAAUAAGGACAUUGAAAUAGGACAACGAAUGAUUACAAUAUCAACAGUUGGUGUUCCAAACACAAUCAAGAAACUUGCCUCUCAUAAGCUUCAGUCCACACUUAGCUGUCAGCUUACAUGCUCCAAUACUCGCUGAGACAGAUGGUCAAGAGUCUCAGCUAGAUGCAGAAGCUGUUCUGUGCUAAUGUCCCAGAUUGAACCAAUCUCUGGUUUUGCCAAAGUGAUGGCUCUGUCCAACUUUGUUUGAAGAGCAGACUUUGUUCAAGUUGGCUUGGUCAGAGCAGCGACGACCUUAACGCAGGCUUUAUAGAUUAGGCUUAUGUCUAUGAUGUAUAUACUUCGGUGACGAGUGAGCAAGUUUAAGAAGAGUGUUGAUUGAAUUUUAACGAUAUGAACAGAUUACAUGAAUUAUCAUAUUACUUGCUUAUAUUCUAUUUUGAUCUCUUUGAGUUUAA